UUGGGUUUUUCAUAAGAUAAAAUUUAGUUCUUUAAUCAGAAAAGAAUACCCGUGUUUGCACAUUGGUUUUUUUUUUUUUUUUCAUAUCAGACGUUGAGGUUGAGGAUAAUUAUAACUGCAGCCCCAGGGACAUUGUAAAGAACACCUAACAACUUUAGUCUCAAACAUUUUCCCAAGGGGCCCUCUUAUCAGUUUCAUUGUAGUGAUAGCUGUACAAUUCUUGGGGCUCAUCGUCUGGAGAAACUUCCAGUCAAAACUUUAAGAACUAUUAGUUUUUACUGAUUUUUAUGGGAUGCUUAGCACAAUGUUUUGAAGUCUUUGGCAAAAGAAAUAUUUACGAACAGUGUUCUUUUAUCAUUGUGUCCCCUGGCAUAUACUUUAAGUAAAAUUAUUUUAGGACUUCUAAAGAAAAACUUUAACUUUUCUAAUUUAUUGCCAAUGUCUUUCCAGAAUGGUGUCCAGAGGAUACGGUUCUUAUAUUCUGAGAUGUCUUUCCCUGCAGUCUGGUUAAAGUUGCUGGUUGGGACAGACAAACAAGCUAGGAGACUGGAUAGUCCUGGUAAAGGAAGGAAGAACUAGGAAGGUAGACCCAGUUGUUUGUUUGGUAAAUUCAGACUUUUAGAGAGAGUUUUUUGUUAUACUUCAAAAGGCCUACUUUGCUUUGAAAUUAAAGUACUUUCUCCCUUUUUUUUUUAACUUUAAAUAUUGGACCCUCUAAUGAUUUGUUUUUGACUAAGGUGUGAGGAAGGGAUCUACCAUUUUUCCCAAAUGGUGCCUUUAUCACGUAUUCAAUUUCCCAUGUGUAGUGGCAUCAGUUUCUGACCCUUUUCUUUGGUUCAGUUCAUUGAGGCUCAAAUUCAUUGAGCCUGUGGUGGCCACACUGGACUCUUCAAUUCCCAGCCCUGGUGCCCUGGCCACAGCUUUCUUGCUCCCUGGAACCCUGUAUGUUAAACAGAGGGACAGGACGUAUUUGGGCCCUUGUUCUUCAUUCACAGGCUCAGGCCUGAGAAAAUGGCAUGAUUGGUAGAGAAAGCCCUCCUUGGACCUGCCUCUAGCUGAGUUACCAGCUCAUCUGGUCCCUGCGUGCUACUGUCGAUCCAAGGGUAAGGCCCCUAUUGGUUUACAACAGCAUUUGUCCCCUGGGGCCUGUUUGCAGCUGAUUUGAGCACAGCUCCCCCUUGGAGAUCACAGCAAGUCUGGUGUUGAAACAACUCUAGUAGUAUACGAAGUAAAUCAGCACCCUGGUCAUCACAUCAGCUCAGUGGGCAUGUCUGCAGUCGGAGAAAUGUCCCGGGAAAACUUUUGACGGUGAGAACAUGUAUAUGAGCAUGACAGAGCCGAGCCAGGACUAUGUGCCAGCCAGCCAGUCUUACCCUGGUCCAAGCCUGGAAAGUGAAGACUUCAACAUUCCACCAAUCACCCCUCCUUCUCUCCCCGACCACUCACUGGUGCACGUGAAUGAAGUCGAACCUGGUUACCACUCUCUGUGUCACCCAAUGAACCAUAAUGGCCUGCUACCAUUUCAUCCACAAAACAUGGACCUACCUGAAAUCACCGUCUCCAAUUUGCUGGGACAGGACGGAGCACUGCUUACCAACUCCAUUUCUGUGAUGCAAGAUAUACGGAAUCCAGAAGGAACUCAAUAUGGCUCCCACCCCCAGAUGGCAGCCAUGAGACCACGGGGUCAGCCUGCAGACAUCAGGCAGCAGCCAGGAAUGAUGCAGCACAGCCAGCUGACCACCAUCAACCAGUCCCAGCUAAGCGCUCAGCUUGGCUUGAAUAUGGGAGGAAGCAGUGUCCCCCACAACUCGCCGUCUCCACCCGGAAGCAAGUCUGCAACUCCUUCCCCAUCGAGUUCAGUGCAUGAAGAUGAAGGCGAUGACACCGCUAAGAUCAACGGUGGAGAGAAGCGACCUGCCUCUGACAUGGGGAAAAAGCCAAAAACACCCAAAAAGAAGAAGAAGAAGGACCCCAAUGAGCCCCAGAAGCCUGUGUCUGCCUAUGCGUUGUUCUUUCGCGAUACUCAGGCUGCCAUCAAGGGCCAAAAUCCAAAUGCUACCUUUGGUGAAGUCUCUAAAAUUGUGGCUUCAAUGUGGGAUGGUUUAGGAGAAGAGCAAAAACAGGUCUAUAAAAAGAAAACCGAGGCUGCAAAGAAGGAGUACCUGAAGCAGCUAGCAGCAUACAGAGCCAGCCUUGUCUCCAAGAGCUACAGUGAACCUGUUGAGGUGAAGACAUCUCAACCGCCUCAGCUGAUCAACUCAAAGCCGUCAGUGUUCCAUGGGCCCAGCCAGGCACACUCAGCUCUGUACCUAAGUUCCCACUACCACCAACAACCAGGAAUGAAUGCUCACCUGACUGCCAUGCAUCCCAGUCUCCCCAGGAGCAUAGCCCCCAAGCCGAAUAACCAAAUGCCAGUGACUGUCUCUAUAGCAAACAUGGCCGUGUCCCCCCCUCCUCCCCUCCAGAUCAGUCCACCUCUUCACCAGCAUCUCAACAUGCAGCAGCACCCGCCACUCGCCAUGCAGCAGCCCCUUGGGAACCAGCUCCCCAUGCAGGUCCAGUCUGCCUUACACUCACCUCCCAUGCAGCAGGGAUUUACUCUUCAACCCGACUAUCAGACUAUAAUCAAUCCUACAUCCACAGCUGCACAAGUGGUAACCCAAGCAAUGGAGUAUGUGCGUUCUGGGUGCAGAAACCCUCCCGCGCAGCCGGUGGACUGGAAUAACGACUACUGCAGUAGUGGGGGCAUGCAGAGGGACAAAGCACUGUACCUUACCUGAAAGUCUGAACACCUCUUCUUUCCACUGAGGAAUUCAGGGAAGUCUUUUCACCGUGGAUUGCUUUGUACAGCCAAGGCAGUUCUCCAUUUUAUUAGAAAAUACAAGUUGCUAAGCAGUUAGGACCAUUUGAGCUUGUGGGUCAGCCACUCUGGAAGAAAUAGUCAUGCUUCUUUAUUAUUUUUAAUCCCUUAUGGACAUUGUUUUUCUUCUUCCCUGAAGGAAAUUUGGACCAUUCAGAUUUUAUGUUGGUUUUUUGCUGUGAAGUGCUCCGCUAUAGUAACUGCCUUAGCGACUGUAGAUGUCUCGGAUAAAAGUCCUGGAUUUUCCAUUGGUUUUCAUAAUGGGUGUUUAUAUGAAACUACUAAAGACUUUUUAAAUGGCUUGAUGUAGCAAUCAUAGCAAGUUUGUAAAUAGCAUCUAUGUCACACUCUCCUAGAGUAUAAAAUGUGAAUGUUUUUGUAGCUAAAUUGUAAUUUGAAACUGGCUCAUUCCAGUUUAUUGAUUUCACAAUAGGGGUUAAAUUGGCAAACAUUCAUAUUUUUACUUCAUUUUUAAAACAACGGACUAAUAGUUCUAUAUUUUCAAAAUAUUUGAAAAAAAAAACAUAUUCCCAAAUGAUUUUAAUUUAAAAACAGAAUUGGCUUUGUCUCAUUGACCAGACAAAAAGAAACUGGUGUUAAGGGAAGCGCAAACACAUUUAUUUUGUACUGCAGAAAAAUUGCUUUUUUGUAUCACUUUUUGUGUAAUGGUUAGUAAAUGUCAUUUAAGUCCUUUUAUGUAUAAAACUGCCAAAUGCUUACCUGGUAUUUUAUUAGAUGCAGAAACAGAUUGGAAACAGCUAAAUUAUAACCUUUACAUAUGGCUCUGUAUUAUUGUUUCUUCAUACUGUGUCUGUAUUUAAUCUUUUUUUAUGGAACCUGUUGCGCCUAUUUAUGAAAUAAUAAAUAUAGGUGUUUGUAAGUAAAUUUGUUAGUAUUCGAAAGAGGUUUCUUUGAUGUUUUAACUUUUGCUGGCAAAAAAAAAAUUCACGCUUGGUGUGAAGACUUUAUUAUUUAGUUUUUACGGUGACAUGAAUAAAGCCAAACCUACUUUUCAUUUAGCAGCAAAUUAAAGUAACCAAUCCUUUAUUUCUACA